AUGAUUUACUGCACUCACUGCGCUGAUUACUGCCCCUCCAUAAAGGACCCUGACAAAGGAUACAUAUGUUGUGGUACAUGUGGGAAGGUUCUUGAUCAGGAGGUAUACACUGAUGAGCCUACUUUUGUUAAGGAUAACACAGGGCAGAGUCGCUUAGCUGGAAAUAUUCUUGCAAGCAUUGAGUCUGGAUAUUCGAUUUCUCAUCAAAGAACCUUAGACAAAGGGAAGGAUGAGAUUAGACAGAUUGUCAAUAACUUAAAUGUCAGCGGUGGAGAAACUAUCGUUAACAAGGCUUAUCGCUUCUAUGAGCUAGCUGUUGACCGCAAUUUUACCAGGGGCCGUAGAACAACCCAUGUUGCAGCUGCUUGCCUUUACAUUGCCUGCAGGCAAAGUAAGAAAGCUUAUCUUCUUAUCGAUUUCUCUGACUAUCUCCAAAUAAGCGUUUAUGUCCUAGGUGCUGUUUUUCUCCAGCUCUGCCAAGUUUUGCUACUCGCACAUCAUCCAGUUGUUCAGAAACUUGUAGAUCCCAGCCUUUUCAUCCAUCGUUUUACACACCGUUUGCUGGGAAAAAGAGAUAAUGCUGUCUCAGACACAGCUUUACGCAUUGUAGCUAGCAUGAAGAGAGAUUGGAUGCAGACUGGGAGGAAGCCAAGUGGAUUAUGUGGUGCAGCAUUAUACAUCGCUGCACUCUCUCAUGGGAAAAAUUACACCAAGGCAGAUAUUGUCUCUGUUGUGCAUGUGUGUGAGGCCACUCUAACGAAGCGAUUGAUAGAGUUCGAAAAUACGGAUUCUGGCAGCUUAACGAUUGAAGAAUUUCUGGCAACAGCUGAUGAAUGUAAUGAAGAGCCUGUUCCAAAACAUUCGCCCAAGUCUGGAGAAAUCCUUUGCAAACACAAGAAUCAAAGGGAUAAAGGUUUUGAACAUUUUGCACAUGGACUUUGUGAAAAAUGCUACAAUAAGUUCACUAAACUGUCGGGUGGACUAGAAGGUGGUGCUGACCCUCCAGCAUUCCAACGAGCUGAAAAGAAAAGACUUGAAGCUGCUAAAAGGGCUGAAGAAGCUGCUGCAGUUAAGGAGGCAGCGCUGGAAGAAUCUCUUUGCGACACACAGAAUUCUGAGGUUGAAAGUACCAUAACUCCUAGAAAGGGUUUAAGCGGACAUAAAUCUUCAACAAUUGGAUCUGGGGAACCCAUAAAUGACUCUGUGCCGCCCAAGGAUCCUGAAGAGGGAGGUGAAAAUUGUGAAGGCGAUGCUGAUCCAGAAAGCCUUUCUGACAUCGACGAUGUAGAGGUUGAUUGGUACCUUCACAAUGAGGAAGAGAGACAAUAUAAAAAGAUUAUCUGGGAGGAAAUGAACAAAGAAUACCUUGAGGAACAAGCAGCCAAGGAAGCUUUGGCAGCUGAAUUGGCAGCUAGAGGGAUUGUUGUGGAAGAGGGAAAGAAGAAAAAACGAAGACGUAAUGAAGACACCAAGAGCUCGACACCUGCUGAAACACCGGCAGAAGCCACAUACAACAUGCUGAAACGGAAGGGACUUGGUUCAAAGAUCAAUGAGGGAGCUGUUGGCGAAUUGUACAAGACUAAAGAUGAAGUUGGCAGCGCAAGUAAGGAAGAAGAGAUGGACUUCGACGCACUGUUUGGGCCGGACAAUGCUGAUGGUGAAACAGUUGAUGAUGGUUACAACUAUGGGGGCUAUAACGACGAUGGCGCAGAAGCCUACAAUGGCAUUGACGAUGAUUCUGAUUUCUAG